GCAGCUCCCCCCACACAGCCCCGGCUCGGCCCCUGCGGGCGGUGCGGAGCUGCCCGGCCCGGCCUCCAAUGGUGGCGGCGGGGCGGGCACGGCCACGGCGGCGGCUAUAAGAGGGGCCGCGGGGCCGGGAGCCGGGGAGGGCAGCGCCGGGACCGAGCGAGGUUUGCCAGCAUGAACGUGGGUCUCGCCCUGCUGUCCCUCUGCCUGGGGCUGGCCUCCGCGGCGCCCAGGAUAGACCCCGACCUGGACGGCCACUGGCAGCUGUGGAAGUCGUGGCACAGCAAGGACUACCAUGAGAGAGAGGAAAGCUGGAGAAGAGUGGUGUGGGAGAAGAAUCUGAAAAUGAUUGAACUCCAUAACCUGGAUCACUCACUAGGAAAACACAGCUACAAGUUGGGGAUGAAUCAGUUUGGUGACAUGACGACUGAGGAGUUCAGACAGCUGAUGAAUGGCUAUAUACACAAGAAGUCAGGAAGGAAGUACAGAGGAUCCCAGUUUCUUGAGCCCAACUUCCUUGAAGCACCACGGUCUGUAGACUGGAGAGAGAAAGGAUAUGUAACUCCAGUUAAAGACCAGGGUCAGUGUGGCUCUUGCUGGGCUUUCAGCACUACAGGAGCUCUCGAAGGACAGCACUUCAGAAAAACUGGCAAGCUUGUUUCAUUGAGUGAACAGAAUCUGGUGGACUGCUCCCGCCCCGAAGGCAAUCAAGGUUGCAAUGGUGGUCUCAUGGACCAGGCUUUCCAGUAUGUGCAGGAUAACGGGGGAAUUGACUCAGAGGAAUCCUACCCAUACACUGCAAAGGAUGAUGAAGACUGUCGCUACAAGGCAGAGUACAAUGCUGCUAAUGACACUGGCUUUGUUGACAUCCCCCAAGGACAUGAAAGAGCUCUCAUGAAAGCAGUAGCAGCUGUGGGUCCAGUGUCUGUUGCUAUUGAUGCAGGCCACUCUUCAUUCCAGUUUUAUCAGUCAGGUAUCUACUAUGAGCCAGACUGUAGCAGUGAAGACUUGGACCAUGGCGUUCUGGUUGUAGGUUAUGGUUUUGAGGGUGAAGAUGUAGAUGGGAAGAAAUACUGGAUUGUUAAGAACAGCUGGGGUGAGAAGUGGGGUGACAAAGGAUAUAUCUACAUGGCCAAAGACAGGAAGAACCACUGUGGAAUAGCAACAGCUGCUAGUUAUCCACUUGUAUAAUUUGAAGACUGAACAUUUCAGUGCAAAAGGGGAUUUUAAACUGAAUGACCAAACCCAUGUUCACACAUGUGGUAGACUUAUAUUCUUCAAAAGUCAACUUGAUUUUUUUUAAACUUUUGAAGUCUGUUUUACAUGUUGGUGACAUGCCACUUGUUUUAAAUUAAUGUAUAUGUUGGUAUGUAAACAGCUUGUAAUAUUGCUGCCUUUUAACUGCUUAAUCUAAUAGGUUCUUCUAUGUAUUUUUCUUUUUUUUAAAAUUUCAAUGUGCCCAACAGUUUACUUUUUAAAUAAACACUUAAGCUAGCGUGUACAGGUGA